GACGAAGCUCUUAUUGCUCUCCUCAGCGGCUUUCCCUUUCUUAUUUCUCCCAUCCCGUCCCUCACGACCGGCCAUACAACAUGACAAGCACAUUACCAGCUCUAGCUAUACCCGGCCAACGCCUGGGCCCAGUGACCUCCUACUCUGCCGGGCCCGGCACCCACGUGCAGAAUGCCAAUAUCUACGCUUCCAUCGCCGGCCCCGUUGUCGUCGACCCGGCGCAACCCAGCUCGAAAGCCAAGUCGACCCUCAGCGUGUCGCGGAGCAUCACCCGCCAACCCGGCCCUGCCUCCGACUCCACGACCGCCAAACCCAAACUGAAAUACAACACCCUCCCGGCCGUCGAAUCCGUCGUCCUGGCGCGCGUGACGCGCGUGCAAAAGCGCCAGGCCACCGUCUCCAUCCUCGUCGUGCUCGACGACUCCGCCAGCUCGCAGCUGCUGAACCCUUCGCAGACCACCUCCGACAACGAUAACAUCGCCUCGAUCCUCUCCUCGGCCGCCAACCCCGAGAACCACAGCAGUUCGGACGAGUUGCGUUUCCAGGCGCUCAUUCGCAAGGAGGACGUGCGGGCUGUCGAGAAGGACCGCGUCGUCAUGGACGAGAUGUUCCGGGUUGGGGAUAUUGUGCGUGGGACCGUCGUGUCGCUCGGUGAUCAGAGCUUCUACUAUAUCACUACGGCGAGGAAUGAUCUGGGCGUUGUCAUGGCGCGCAGCGAGGCGGGGAAUAUGAUGUUCCCGGUUAGUUGGAAGGAGAUGAGGGAUCCGGCGACUGGGGCGGCGGAGCUGAGAAAGGUUGCGCGGCCGUUUUGAUUGAGUGGGGAGUUUGUGUGGCGGCAAUCACGCACCGUGAAUUGUGGCCAUUUGCACCUUCAUACCGUCUUAAGAGCACCGGGACGCUCUGGCUUGCUGCCUGGACUGUCGCUGAUGAUGGGGGCCGACUGACUUGACCUGGGAGAUCUGGGCUGUCGUCCGAGCAGUCCGAAAUAGACAGACGCAUCACUCGGCCAGGAACUGACAAGGUGUCGAGUCCUCCGGAGGAGCAGCGAUAUUUGACACUCUACAUAGAGAACCAUAGGAGGUUCUGGCAUGCUCAUCGCACAUCCUGUGAUGGUGAGCUGAUGAAUUUACGAACCACCAAAUCAAUUCUUGUCUUCCCUCGAGGAGACAUAACUAAUGGAAUACAUCAAAAUAUCCCAUG